AUGGCUAUCCGAAUUCCCUUGGCCGCUGCCGUGAUAUUCACCGUCAUGCUCCAGGUGACCGCCCUUCCACGCCGCAUAUUACCUUCCGACACAACAGACACCGCUCUGGGAGGCGGGGACCAUCUCCAAAAUACCACCGUCGACCUUCUGCCAUGGGUCUGUCCUAACCCCGACGCGGAGCUCGACCCCAUAGAGUGCCCGGAAGGCACAAAGGGCGGGAUUCCGAAACCAAAGAAUCUGCAGCCAGUCAUGGUAGGAUGCCACAAUCUCCCAUGCCCCAAGGACUGGGUGUAUUACGACGCGGGCAUGCCGAAAUUCGAGCACACUUGCCCCCGACAUGCGGUUGUCGCCAACGCCCACUGGCGGAAAUACUGCCGUCUGCAACCCCCGGCCUACAUUAUGCCAAACCCGUGGUGUUCAACGGGCGACCAACCGUGGGAUAAGGCGAUGGACGGCCCCUCUGUUGAGAGGUGCUGCGGUGAGUGGGUGAGCAUCAACGACCCCUAUUACAAGGAGUAUCCCACCGUGCCGGUGAUCGUCAACGGCACCUACGACGGCUUCGUGGAGAACAAGUUCGAAGACGGAGAGGAGAUGCGGAAGGUCAUCAAGCCCUCGGCGUGGGAGUUCAACAUUGAAAACCCCUUCUGCAAAUCCUGGAUGGCCGAGGAUGAGGCUCAGUUUCAAUACUUCAUGCAGAACCUGGCCUCCUGGGAUGUCGACGACGCGGAUCUGGAGGGCCAUGGUGGUCCCAGGUUCAAUAUGGUCUGGGACUUGGACUCAGCGUGGGGGCACCUGCCGCCCUGA